GACGCACGGCGGUAGCUUUUUAGCCCCUUUAAAAAGGGCGGCGUGGCGAGCGGAUAGUCACAUUCAGUCGACCAACUCCAACACAAGAUGAAGUUCUCUUUGCUUGCACUUUUCCUAAUCAUCGCCGUCGUGUGCGUCCAUUCGGCGCCCACCUUCCCCAGGAGGAAUCGAGGAGGUAGCCGCUCCGUUGAAGCCGAAGCUAAAAAGGAAGAGCCCAAGAAAGAAGAGCCCAAAAAGGAAGAGAAAAAAGCGGAAGGAGGUAAAAAGGAGGAAGGAGGCAAAGGCAAAGGAGGCGCUAAAAAAGAAGCCGAAGCUGAAGAAGGUGAAGAAGGCGAAGGUGGUGAGCGAAGGAAGCGCGCCAACAGGAACGACUCGUGGAAGUCGUUGACCUUCUUCAAACAGCAAACCGUCAACAUCGACGGAGUGCAUCCGGCCGCCACAGCUGAAGCCCAGACCGACAUCAGCGACGCCAAGAAACGCUCGCCAACCAACACGGGAUCGGCUUCCGGCGCAGUCGCAACUCCCGCCGUCGUGCCCGUCUUUGAAGUUCACGAUUUGAGCGGAGUAGAUCACAGCACAGUUCCAAAGGACAUUCAGCCCUUCGAGGUGGUCGACAUUGCCGGACACACCGCCGAAACGCUUCCGGCCGACGUCAUCCCCGUCGAAAUCAUUCCAGUCGUCGGCGCCUCGGCCGGGAGUAUCUUUGAAGUUCACAAUCUCGACGGAGUUUCGCCGGAUGAUGUUCCAGAUGAUGUGGCCGUAUUCGAAGUGGUCGACAUCUCCGGACACACGGCCGAAACCCUUCCGACCGACGUCACGCCCGUUGAGAUCAUUCCGCUGGUAGACGCGUCGGCCGGAGCGAGCGUUGCCAGCGAUGGAGGACCCGUUUCCGCAUCGGCCGGAGCAUCCACUGCAUCCAACGUCGAAGUCUUUGAAGUCCACAACCUCGACGGAGUCUCUCCCGACGAUAUUGCAGAUGAUCUCGCCGUGUUCGAAGUGGUCGACAUCUCCGGACACACGGCCGAAACUCUUCCGGCUGACGUCAUCCCAGUUGAGAUUAUCCCGAUCGGAACAGUAGCCGGAGCCACUGCCACCAGCACCGAUGGAGGAUCCUCAGUUUCGACCGGUGUUUCCGUUCCAGCCGUCGUUGCUCCAGUCGCUCCAGUCGCUCCAGUCGUUCCAGUCGUUCCAGCCAUCACUGCCAUUUUCUACCCAACUACUCCAACGCCGUACGUUGCACCGGUUGUUACGCAAAUCAUUCCGAUCGCCAAACCAACUGCGGCUCCUGAAAUCAUCCCGAUUCCAAGACCGACUGGAACUCCGUACGUAGCCCCUGAAGCCCCUGCUUACCAGGCUCCUGAAGUGGACGCUUACGCCGCACCCGAAGUGGACGCUUACGCCGUCAGCGCCACCGAGGGUUACGCCGUCGAGGCUGAAACGGAAGCUGCCGAAGUGGAAGAAACCGGAACGGAAGGAUACGAAGCCGAAGGUGCCGAUGCCGAAGAAGCCGAGGUGGAAGAGUACGAAGGCAAAGGUGGAAAGGACAAAGAAGGAAAAGCAAGCAAAGGAUACAACAAUUCAAGCAAAGGAAGCAAAGCAAACAAAUACGGUAAAGGCAAAGAAGGCAAAGAAAGCAAAGAACGUAAAGAAGGCAAAGAACGUAAAGAAGGCAAAGAACGUAAAGGAAGCAAAAACGAAGGUGGCAAGAGCGGAGGUGAAGGCGGAUCUGAAAGUGCCGAAGAAGAGGAUUAAACCAUUUCAUUCCAAUUCGACCACCAAUCAUCUGGAAAUUAAUCUCGAAAUGAUAACCACAUCAAAAAAUGAACUAUUCGAGCUGAAUAGUGUUUCACUCUCAACUCUUUUAGCCUUAACCCCCCCACGUAUACAUUUUUUAAAAAAUAUUAUAUAUAGACUUUGACAAAAGAUGUGAAUUCUCAUUGGAACGGACAUCCCCAUUCUCAUCGCCGCCCUCCGUUUCCUUCGUCCGUUGCCUUCGUCUCUUAAGAAAUCAAAUCUACUUCUACAUGAAUAUAUAUAGGCUAUAAAUAAUGCAUAGACCUACUCGAGUCCUUUACAACAUGAUGCCUUUUGUUUUCUGAACAAUAACAAGCGUCUAAAUAAACAGUGGUGUCUCUAUCCAAACACAAACCUGA